AUGGCGUUUGAGGUAUCGUAUAACCUCGAAAAUGAGCAGCAGUUCUGGGACGAGCUCGACGACAUCGUGUCGACGCGCUGCCAGCAGCACGACCACGAAAUAAUCGAUAACGCCCUACGCUCCUACCUCAACGUCACCACCAACUAUCAAUCCGAGUACCUACAGACCGAAUACAGCGUCGCAAAAUGCGUCUACCGCCUGAUACAAGGGGAGUUAUUCACGACCCACAAAGCUUAUGUACGGCGGCAGAUCAUUUACUGCCUGCUGCAGGAGGACGAUAACCCCACGCUCCACAUGGUCGCCGCCUUCCUUCUCUUCGACGGUCGGAAUAAUCAGAACGAUGCUACGUUUGAGAUGAUGCACGAGGAAGGCGUCUUCGCACGCCUUAUCGAAUUGAUACAGUUGGAGAGCGUGCAGGAGGAGCCCAAGCUGCACCAGAUGCUGCUCGACCUGUUGUACGAGUCUUCGCGUAUCCAGCGCUUGAAGUGGGAAGACUUUGUGGCCAUUGACGACUCUUUCAUACUCUAUCUGCUUGGCGUAAUAGAAGGCGUGUCAGACGACCACGAGGAUCCAUAUCAUUACCCUGUAAUACGCGUUCUGCUGGUCCUGAACGAACAAUACCUCGUCGCUUCCACACAACAGCAAGACGGCCGCAUAACAAACCGCGUGAUCAAAGCACUUUCCACUCACGGCAUGACAUACAAGACCUUCGGCUGUAAUCUGAUUCUUCUUCUGAACCGCGAAUCCGAAACCUCGCUCCAGCUGCUAAUUCUCAAGGCGCUCUACCUCAUCUUUGGAAAUCCCCAGACCGCUGAGUACUUUUACACCAACGACCUUCACGUACUCGUCGACGUGAUUCUCCGCAACCUGAUAGACCUCCCCUCAGACUCACCCGCCGCCAACGCCCUUCGACACACAUAUCUCCGCGUCCUCCACCCUAUCCUAACACACAGCCAAAUCAGCAAACCACCCCACUAUAAGCGCAACGACAUACACCAAAUUCUCAACCUUCUGAUCGCCAGCGGAAACCAUUUCGCUCCUGUCGACGAGACCACAAAGCGCCUUGUAACCCGGUGUACCGCCGUUCCAUGGCUGAAGCCGCCCCUCAUCACCCGCACAGACACGAGCGAGACGAACGGGAGCGAUGGUGCGUUGCAAAGUCCGGUGGAGAGUGCGGUAGGGGACGGCCAGAAAGAGUUUGCGAGAAGGAUGCUAGGAAUGAGCGUUGAGGGGGGAGAGGCGAGUAGUACGAGUGUCCUUGAGGUGGCGAGUCAUACAGAGAAGCCAGGAGUGCAGACGCCGAGUAGGGGGAAGGAGAAGGAUGCUGCAUAG